AUGAGGCGUUAUCGGCAUCCGAAUGUCGUCAAAUUCUAUGGAGUCGCCGUCGAGAAAGAACCAGUUAUGCUUGUAAUGGAACUGGUCGAUGGUGGUUCACUUGAUGGUGUACUCCAAAAACAUGGCGAUGACAUCCCAAUUAAUGAUCUUUUACGAUACGCCUUUGGAGCUUCUAAAGGACUUGAAUAUCUUCACUACAAAAACUGCAUUCAUAGAGAUGUAGCAACAAGGAACUGCCUGGUACACGACAACGACGUAAAAAUUAGUGACUUUGGGUUAUCACGUGAGCUAUCGAAUAGAGAAAAGAAGUAUAAGCUCAAGGACAUGAAUCAACGGCUGCCGAUCCGAUGGUUGGCACCAGAAGUUCUGGCCACGGCGACAUAUUCGACAAAAAGUGAUGUGUUCUCUUUCGGAGUGAUGCUAUGGGAGAUAUACACAGGAGGAGCCCUCCCAUACCAGAAUAUGACGCUUCCCGAAGUUCGUGCACGGGUGCUCUCUGGGUAUCGCUUGUCUGCACCGUACAAAAUGCCCAAAUUUGUACGAAUAAUCAUGAACGAACACUGCUUCCCAAAGACUCCUGAUGAACGCUGGACAAUGGCUGAGAUCCAACAGAAUAUCGAAGGUUUGCUCGAAAGACGUGCUCUACCCGGUACGAAAACAGCGUGCAGCAAAUGA